AUGCUAAUUCUGGGUUAUAAAUACAGCAGAAGAGCAGCGGAGCAGCAAAGAGCCCGUCGGGAAAGGGAGCGACCCACUGCCCGAGUGCCACCUUCCCGUCCCGUCCUCCCGAGGCCUGGGGUGGCAGGCUGGAUUACAAUGACCGCCGCAGCCGCUGCCGGCGGCACCCACAAGCUCACCAGCACCAAGGAGGAGAGGAAGUUAAGGAAACCCCUCAUUGAGCGGAAGCGAAGGGAAAGGAUUAAUAACUGCUUGGACCAGCUGAAGGAGACUGUUGUGGGCGCGUUUCAUCUGGAUCAGUCGAAACUGGAAAAAGCAGACAUCCUGGAAAUGACGGUGAAGCACCUCCAGAACAUCCAGAGCAGCAAGCUGAUGGCUGACUCCAAGGUGGGUCUGGAAGCCCAACAGAGGUACAGCACCGGGUACAUUCAGUGCAUGCACGAGGUGCACAACCUCCUCCUCACCUGCGAGUGGAUGGACAAGACCCUCGGGGCGCGCCUGUUAAACCACCUGCUGAAAUCCUUACCCAGGUCUGGCGAAGACGCCUGCAAAGCGGCGUUAAGGUCUUCAAGCCCAUCUCAGCAGCCUCUCUUGAUGCCAAAAAGCCCCCUGAGCCCCAAGGGGAGCACUCGGGGCACAAACCCAUCACAGGAGCACUUCCACCCGGCGAAGAACAAGCAGGCUUCGAAGAAUUCCUUCCAGCUGCCGGCGCUGUCGGUUUUCAGCCAGGUUGACGCUGCACCUCCCAGACAGGUCCUGCAGCCAAAUUUUUCCCAUAACAACCCUAGAAUGGGGUCAUUAGAUAUGUGGAGACCAUGGUAA